UCCCCCUCAAUCGGAACUUGGGCCAUCCACAACACCAUCACCCUCUAUGGGGUUAUCAAAAUGGAUUUCAUCUCCCCCAUGCCUCCUUCCCAGCUCCUGAAAACUUUUGACAAGGAUCUUCAGGAGUUCUACUAUGCUGUGAUCAACAGGGAAUUGGACGUCACGAGCAGUGGCAACGGCUUGAAGAUGAAACGUGCUUUAAGAGAAAUUGUCACUGCUUAUAUUAAGGAAACUACCAAAAAUGGUGCUUCAAAAAUAUGCUUUGAUUCAUCUGCUAAAAGAUGUGCUUAUGUCAUGAAGCACAGUCCAUGCUUCACUGCAGCCGUAGCCAGACAUCUCCUAAAUUUGCUAAUCAGUAAUCCUCACACCCUCCAGAAGUGCGUACUUCAGCAAAGGCUAAACGUUUGCUGCAUUGGAGGUGGUCCAGCCUCGGAUGUAGUGGCCGUCAGCAAGGUAGUCACUUCCGUGUACCAUUGUCUUUCGAGGAACAGAAAGAAACUAAACUUUACAGUGACGGUUAUAGAUUUAAGUGAAGGGUGGGAAACGACGGGGAAAAAUGUGAUGAAGACUUUGGAAUGUAAUCCACGUUUCUUCAAUUCUGAGGAAAUGUCGCUCAACUUCAAGUUCCUCAAAGCUGAUCUCACCCAACCGCUCAACAGCAAUGUGAAAGACGUCUUGAUGAAUGCCGAUGUCCUUACUAUGGUAUACUUUCUGUCUGCUGUCAACGGAAGCAGUGCAAGAGAUAAAAGUCCUAAAAUGUUGGAGGAAAUUUUCAAGCUGAUGAAAAACGGAGCCUUUCUUCUGUAUCUAGAUUCUGCAGCUUUCGGACACUACGAAGGAAUCAGUGCUGUAGCAAAAAACUUAGGAAAUCUAAAUGUAAUUUAUGGUCCGCAUUUGAAAUGUUUACACACUUUGUCAUUAAGUUCCGUGAAGAAGCACCUAGAACUCUACGCUAAACAUGUAAACGCGUUUUGUGGCCUUACUUAUUGUUUUCUUUCUACUUGCGCUUGGGUCAAAGUGAACCAACAUCAACCAUCAGAGAUAAAGCACAUAGCACAGAAAGACUUCGAUUGUUGUAGUCGGAAUUAUGAAAAAAAGAAAGCACAUUAUAUGACGAAUAAACUAUUGAUUUAUUGCAGCAGAUUACAGAGACUACUCAUCGAAGAAUUUGGUUAUGCUUCCUACGAAUUCGAAGAAGAGGACGAUGGUCUAGAUUUGGCGACUUGCGUCAAAUUAAACCGCACAACUUUAUUCCAAACAAAAUCGAAAAAGAAGCGAAUAUUUACGAAUUUCGAUUAAAUUUAUGCGUAACUGAUUUCAGAAAAUUUUGCAUUCCAGAACAUGGAACCACGAGAGAAUUUUGCUUUCGAAACUUUAUAAGGUAUUUCUCCCGCCUUCUUGGCAUGCCUUCGUAGUGUGGUGGUCUGUACGCUGGCCGCGUAUUCCGGAGGUCCGUGGUUCGAUUUCCGACGAAGGCGCUGCUCAUUUUUCAUCUUUCAAAAAAAUACCUAAUGUAUCUACAACUUGAUUAAAUUAUAAUACCACCAAACGGAACAAAUGCCCUGAAAAAUGGUAAGAGGCGAGCAACGAUGUAAUUUCUACGUUUAUUUCUUUCUUAAUAGAUUAUAGCUAAAUAUGCAACAGCUAGCUGUCAAAAGAAACGCGCGCUUUUGGAGAGGACUGGCUUUUUUUCGCUUUGCAUGUAAGGAAAAUUUCGAAAAUUAUAUGCAGCCAACCCUUUCUUAGAAGACAACCCCGAGUCAAAAACCAAUAAACUAAUGCUGAGCAGUCUUCUAGCCUUCUCAUUAAAGAUUCCGAUAUCCUAGCAGAGAAAUGAUUAAAUGCUGGCAUUUUUUUUUUUUUUUCUAUUUUUACAGUUUGUCUAAAUAUUUAAUCGAUUACGACAUUAUGACAAGACAUGCGAGGGCUGUCCGCUUAAGGGUAAGGACGCCUUCGUGGAGGACUUCUCGAGGAGAACCGACUCAUAUUCACAUUACGCAUGCAGAAAACCAUGUAAAUGCGCACGCGAUCAGCCCAUUUAGGAUUCGAACUUUAAUCGAACUACCAGAGUUCAGCGAGUAUGGACUUUUUUUAUAUUUUUUAGUAUAUUCAUUUGUAAUUUUACUAUACAUGUAUAAUAAUUUCAUACAUCACUAUUCAAUCUCUCACUGUAUUAAACCUACUGUACACUGCAUGUAUCUAAUAUUACUUCCAUUUUGUAAAUAUAUCACUGUUCUAUCAUUAUUCUUCAUUCACUGUAUAAUGUUCUACUUAUUUCUAUGUUACGCUUUUAAGUUGACAAAAGCUUGUUAAAUAAAAAAAAAAAAAAAGAAAAAGAAACUUUGGAAGGUUUCAGAUUUUAAA